UCAUUGAAGAAAGGAGAGUGCGCAGCUCUGAAUCUAAAGUGAGAGGGUAUCUGUGUGGGGUGGCUGUGUAUUGCGCGAUGGCUGCACUGUCCACGGUGUAUUCGGCAGCUACUCUGCUCUUUUUCUACGUUGCAUUUACACUGGUCAGUUCGAAGAAACCGAACAUAGUUUUGAUCCUGACGGACGAUCAGGAUGUUCUCCUGGGCGGAAUGACCCCACUGAAGAAAACCAGAAAACUUAUCGGAGAUCUUGGAAUAUCCUUUACUAAUGUGUAUGUGGCCAGCCCACUGUGCUGUCCCAGCAGAUCCAGUAUCUUGACUGGGAAGUAUCCCCACAAUCAUCGUGUAUUUAAUAAUACACUGGAAGGGAACUGCAGUAGUAAAGCAUGGCAGAAAACACAAGAACCAAACACCUUCCCAGCUAUCCUUCAUAAUCAUUGUGGAUAUCGAACAUUCUUUGCGGGAAAAUAUUUGAAUGAGUAUGGAUCAGAGCCUGCAGGUGGGGUUGAACACAUUCCACCAGGUUGGGAUUACUGGCAUGCUCUGGUGAAGAAUUCGAGAUAUUAUAACUACACACUUUCUGUCAAUGGAAAACCACAGUAUCAUGGCCAGAACUAUAGUAAAGAUUAUCUAACUGAUUUACUAACAAAUAUUUCAUUGGAAUUCCUGGAAUACAGACCCAAGUAUGUGCCUUUCUUCAUGAUGAUCUCAACUCCAGCCCCACACUUCCCUUGGACUCCUGCCCCACAAUAUGAAAAGAGUUUUACGAAUGUGAAAGCACCAAGGAACAAUAACUUUAAUAUACAUGGAAAGGAUAAACAUUGGCUAAUCAGGCAAGCAAAGACACCCAUGUCCAACGCUUCCAUUCAAUUUCUGGAUAAUGCUUUUCGGAAAAGAUGGCAAACAUUAUUAUCAGUGGAUGACCUUGUGGAAAAAGUAGUGAAGAAACUGGAUGCAAUCAAAGAGCUAGAAAACACCUAUAUUUUCUUUACAUCAGAUAAUGGCUACCAUACAGGUCAAUUUUCUUUGCCAAUUGACAAACGACAGCUGUAUGAGUUUGAUAUCAAAGUGCCAUUACUAGUGCGAGGACCUCACAUCAAAUCUAACACUAGUAAUAAGCUGCUUGUAGCAAACAUUGAUUUGGCUCCCACAAUCUUGGAUAUUGCUGGCUAUGACAUUAACAAGACAAGGAUGGAUGGCAUGUCUCUCCUGCCUCUGCUGAAUGGUGCAGCAAAAAAUGUGACGUGGAGGACUGACCUCCUUGUAGAGUAUCAAGGAGAGGGACGGAAUAAAAGUGAUCCUACCUGUCCUUCAUUAGGGCCUGGGGUGACAAGCUGCUUCCCUGAUUGUGUAUGUGAAGAUGCAUAUAACAACACCUAUGCGUGUGUGAGAACUAUUGCCACCUCAGCUGACCUGCAGUACUGUGAAUUUGAUGAUAGUGAGGUCUUUGUGGAAGUCUAUAAUCUAACCUCUGACCCACACCAGAUCAAUAAUAUAGCAAAGACUAUAGAUCAAGAAAUCCUUGAGAAGAUGAACCAUCGUCUGAUGAUGUUACAGUCUUGUUCUGGAUCAACAUGUCAUACGCCUGGGGUAUAUGACCCAAGGUACCGAUUUGACCCUAGACUGAUGUUCCAUCAUGGUUCUGCUGCACCCAAGCUAUUGCGUAAAAUCUUAUGAGAUCUAUUUGUCAAUUGUCGUUGUGAUAUGCCAUCUUCCUUCUCUGUGGGGCCAGGACUAAAUUGAGGAAUUUUUGUUUUCCUUCCUACACAAUCUCCUCCUUCAUUCUAUCAAAAA